AUGGCUUCAGCCAAAUACCAGAAACCUCCUCAGGCCCCUCCUCUCUUCACCGCAACCACCGAAUCCCUCGCCAAAGACACCAAGCGUCUGCUAGACCAGUCCCGCCGCAUCCAAGACCAGAUCGUCAAGGACAUUACCCCCGAGUCGGCCAAUUUCCACAAUGUCGUCCUGCCAAUGGCUCUCGACGACAACAAGAUGGCUAUCGAGUCACACAUCAUUGGCUUCUACUCUGCCGUUUCGACAGACUCCAAGCUGAGAGACGCCUCGAUCGAAGCUGAGAAACAGAUGGACGAGUUUGGCAUUGAAGCCAGCAUGCGCGAGGACAUCUUCAAGCUUGUUGAUGCUGCUCUCAAGAACUCGAAAGAUUUGGACCCCGAGAGUCAGCGCUUGCUCGAGAAGGACCACAAGGGCUUCGUGCGCAUGGGCUUGAACGUCCCUGCUGGUCCCAAGCGUGACCGCUUCAAGGACAUCAAGAAGCGUCUGUCUGAGCUCAGCAUCACCUUCCAGAAGAACUUGAACGAAGAGCAGGGCGGUCUGUGGUUCACUGAGCAAGAGUUGGAAGGCGUGCCAAAGGAUGUACUUGAUGGCCUUAAGAAGGGAGAUGGCGACAACGCUGGCAAGCUCUGGCUUACCUUCAAAUACCCCGACCUCUUCCCUACCUUGAAAUACUGCAAGAACCCCGACGUUCGUCGUAAGGUCUUCACCUCGAAUGAGAACAAGUGUAACGAGAACGUGCCACUCUUCAGAGAAGCCAUCGUGCUGCGCGAUGAGGCUGCCCGCAUUCUGGGUUACCCUAACCACGCCACCUUCCGCAUCGAGGACAAGAUGGCCAAGACUCCUAAGACUGUUGAUGAUUUCUUGGGUGAUCUUCGCACACGCCUUGCACCUGGUGGUGUCGAAGAGCUGAAGAAACUGAAGACUUUGAAGGAGAAAGACUUCAAGGAUCGUGGCGUCGCAGAGAAGAACGACGGCAAGUACUAUCUUUGGGACCACCGUUACUACGACACCCUGAUGCUCGAACAUGAAUAUCAGCUUGAUCAAGAAGCCAUCGCUGAGUACUUCCCUCUUGAGACCACCAUUCGUGGCAUGCUGCAAAUCUUCGAGGAGCUGUUCGGUCUUCAAUUUGUCCAAGUUACUGGCAAGGAUCGCGACUCAAUCAGCCCUACUGGCAAGGGUGACGAUAUAAUCUGGCAUCCCGAUGUUCAAGUGUUCAGUGUCUGGGAUGAUGAGGGUGAAGGUAGUGGCUUCGUUGGAUACCUCUACCUCGACUUGCAUCCUCGAGAUGGCAAAUAUGGUCAUGCUGCCAACUUCAACCUACAGCCUGGCUACAUUGACGAGAAUGGCAAGAGAAGAUAUCCCGCAACCGCACUGGUCUGCAAUUUCUCAAAGCCCACGCCAAAGAAGCCCUCCCUGCUCAAGCACGACGAGGUUGUAACCCUCUUCCACGAACUUGGUCACGGUAUUCACGAUCUCGUCUCUCGCACGACAUACUCUCGCUUCCACGGCACAUCCACUGCUCGCGACUUUGUCGAAGCUCCCUCUCAAAUGCUCGAAAACUGGUGUUGGACCGCCUCUCAACUGCGCAGCCUGUCUCACCACUACAGCUACCUCUCCGACAGCUACAAAGCCGCAUUCUCGGAAUCCAACAAGUCGGACAAGCAACCCCCAGAGACUAUGCCCGAUAACCUGAUUGACAGCAUAAUCCGCACACGCCACGUCAACGAUGCCCUCUUCAACCUCCGCCAACUCCACUUUGGUAUCUUUGACAUGACCGUGCACGAAGGAACCUCCCACGACGAGAUCAAAAGCCUUGAAGUCAGCAAGAAAUACAACUCCCUCCGCAAGGAAAUCUGCUCUCUCGAUGGCCCUGAAGAACUCGGUCAAGGCUUUGACUGGGGACACGGUCAAGCCACUUUUGGCCACUUGAUUGGUGGCUACGAUGCUGGAUACUACGGCUACCUGUCUUCGCAAGUCUACUCGGCGGAUAUGUUCUACACUGUCUUUAAGAAGGAUCCAAUGAACGGCAAGGAAGGAAGACGCUACAGACAUACUGUGCUCGAACGAGGAGGUGCGCAGGAUGAGAUGCAGACGCUUGAGGACUUUUUGGGUAGGAAGCCUAGUACGGAGGCUUUCUAUACUGAGUUGGGUUUGAGCUAG